AUUUCUAGAGUUUAUCGUACAGUCUCGCGAUAUCUGACACCUUCAAACUUCCCCAUGAACCUUUGCGUGUUCUCUUUCCAGCCGGCGCCUGAGAAUGGGUAUCUCUAGGGACAACUGGCAUAAACGCCGCAAGACCGGCGGCAAACGCAAACCCUACCACAAGAAGAGGAAGUAUGAACUUGGUCGCCCCCCUGCAAACACAAAGAUUGGACCUCGCCGUAUUCACACGGUGAGGACCCGCGGUGGCAACAAGAAGUACCGCGCUCUGAGGGUCGACGUGGGUAACUUCUCAUGGGGCUCUGAGUGCUGCACUCGUAAGACCAGGCUCAUUGAUGUGGUGUACAACGCCUCCAACAACGAGUUGGUGAGAACCAAGACCUUGGUCAAGAACUGCAUCGUUCUCGUCGACAGCCUGCCUUACAGGCAGUGGUAUGAGGCCCACUUCGCCACUCCUCUGGGACGCAAGAAGGGAGCCAAGCUGACUCCCGAGGAGGAAGAGGUGAUCAACAAGAAGAGGUCGAAGAAGAUUCAGAAGAAGUUUGAAGAGCGCAAGAAGAACUGCAAGAUCAGCCCUCUCCUGGAAGAACAGUUCAUGCAGGGAAAACUCCUCGCAUGCAUUGCCUCCAAGCCCGGCCAGUGCGGCAGGGUGGAUGGCUACAUUUUGGAGGGCAAGGAGCUGGAGUUCUACCUGAGGAAGAUCAAGGCCAAGAAGGGCAAAUAGAUCUGCUGUUUAAUACCAUGUCAAUAAAAACACAAAAGUCCCACAA